GGCUCCACCGUCGCGCUCUUCCAUGGGCAGAAUCUCUCCGUCUCCAGCCUUCUAUAACCUUCUUUUCCUCGCAGCGACCUGCAAACGAGCGCACCUCCCGAUCAAAGCCGUUGCGUUAUCUCCAUUGCCGGAGGAAUUUCUCCUGUGGAUAGCCAGCGUAGCGCUUUUUGCCGGUAUUGCGAAUCUGAGUUGUCUUUGUGGAAGUUAGAGAUCGUGCAAUUGGUGGAGGAUGGCGUGGCUUUAAUUGGAGUGCUAAAGCGCGGCUUUUCUUGAUGAGGUUGAUUAUGCCUCGAUCCAGUUAUUAAUCCGCUUCUCAUAUAUCAGCCUUCAGAACUUGGGACCUGACAACAACACCGUUUAAAGGCUUUUUUUGUUUUUGUUAUUGAAGGCCGACCUUUACUGCACUACCAUGGACCACAUCAGAUCAAAUCAACAUGUUAUGAUUUGGUUUAACAGGUUUUAAACUGACACUAUGUAUACUUGGGGAUUCAGUCAUGCAGUGAUGAGUUGUUGCAUGUUUGUUUCCAGAUCAAAAAAAACUUCGGGGUUGCAAACUUUCCAGCUAAAUGAUGCUGUGGAGAAAGUAAAGUUAUACACAUAUAAAGAGCUAAGAGCAGCCACAGGAGACUUUAGCCCUGGUAAUAGAGUUGGGGAGGGUGGCUUUGGAACUGUUUACAAGGGAACACUCAAGAAUGGGACCACUGUUGCUAUAAAGGUGUUGUCCAACGAAUCAACACAAAUAGCAAGAGAAUUCUUGACAGAAAUUUCUGCAAUUUCGAAUAUAGUACAUGAGAACCUGGUAAAGCUGUAUGGUUGCUGUAUAGAAGGAAACCACAGAAUACUUGUGUACAAUUAUCUUGAAAACAAUAGUCUUGCACAAACUCUUCUUGGCACAAACCGGAACAACAUUCAAUUUAGCUGGAAAACAAGAUAUAAAAUCUGCAUUGGUGUAGCAUGCGGGCUCGCAUUUCUUCAUGAGGGACUUCUGCCUCAUAUCCUUCAUAGAGAUAUAAAAGCAAGCAAUAUUCUUCUUGACAAGGAUCUUACCCCCAAAAUAUCAGAUUUUGGAUUGGCAAGGCUGUUGCCAUCAAAUGCAACCCAUAUUACCACACAAGUUGCAGGAACAUUAGGAUACUUGGCACCUGAAUAUGUGAUACGUGGGCAAGUGACACGAAAGUCGGAUGUUUAUAGUUUCGGUGUUCUUCUAUUGGAAAUUGUUAGCGGCCGAUGUAAUACAAACACAAGACUUCCAUGCAAAGAACAAUUUCUUCUUGAAAGGAUCUGGGAACAUUAUAAGCAGGGUGAACUUGAGAGGAUGACAGACUCAUCAUUGACUGAUGAUCUAGAAAUCAAAGAAGCAUGCAAAUUUUUGAAGGUUGGUCUUCUGUGCACCCAAGAAGCAUCAAAGCUCCGUCCCUCCAUGUCCAUCGUUUUAAAGAUGCUGACUGGAGAGAAAGAUGUUGAGUUGGAGAAGAUCACCCAGCCUGGUCUUGUUUCGGAAUUAAUGCAAAAGAAGAUGACCAACCAGAUAAAUUAAUUUCCAGGGCUCAAGGUCGGAUUCAACAACUUCAACUUAAAUUUACAGCCAAAAGUAUGCAAAUAGUCAUGUAAUUUUUGUAGUGAAACCAAAAGAAAUGAAUUGCAUCAUUCUACUGAUGCGGUCCAUAUUUGUUGGGAAGUAAUGAAUUGCUAAUUCUUACAGAUUAUUCUCA